AUGUACAUAGAAAGUUGCUGCCAUCAAACUUUGAGGUGCAGAUUGUUGGAGAGGGAGGACCUCGCAGAAGAGUCCGUGGAAAACGGACUUUUUGAAUUAGCUUCCGUGCUAUACGACAUAAACUCUAUCAAUGAUGAUGAUAUGUCACACAGUACUGAUUUUGCGGACUUUGAUAGGAAAGUUCGAAUUGCAAAACUAUAUUUUGUUGUUGACUACUCCGAGUACGAAAAAAGCGGGAAGGACGCCAACGGUACAGUCGAAAAACUUCUAACGAUUGUGAACGGAGCUUCGUCGAAUUACCAAAAAGUGGAUAUUUUUCUGAGUGUUGUUGGUAUAGAAAUUUGGGAAACUCCAAAAAUUGUGAUUUCGCCUGAUCCAGAUCAAUUCGUUUUUGCAUGGAAUGAUUACAAAAUUGAAAAUGUUAUGCCAAACGUUCCAAUUCACGAUGCCACAGUUUUAGUUGUGUUAGCUAUCAUAGACAUUUUGAGACACAAAAUUCAGUACAGUAAAUCUAAUACGGUCUCGUCUGUCACUUUGACACACGAAAUUGGGCAUCUGUUCGGCCUGAAUCACGUUCAGAAAGAGGCAGGAUGUGUGUGUCGAAAUCCUCCCUGCAUUAUGGAUCAGUCGAUUGACCUCAGUGGCUCCAAGCAGGUCAGCUGGUCAUCGUGUUCCAUCGAUCGAUUAAAAACGGCUUUUAAAAUUCAACUCUGUCUCUUCAAGCCUGCCGAGUUCGAGAUAAACAGGCUGGAGUGUGGAGAUGGACUGGUCACGUCGGGGGAGGAAUGUGAUUGUGGUAGCCUUCCUGAACAUUUGUGUUCUAGGGAGUGUUGCGACAUGGAAAGAUGCAAGUUGACAAACGUCGCUGAAUGUUCAACGGGGUUAUGCUGUGAUUUACUAAAAUGUGAAAUUAAAACAAGAGGCACUGUCUGCAGAGCGUCGUACAAUGACUGCGACCUCGAUGAUGUGUGCGACGGAGACACCCAAAACUGCGUCGACAUGACAAAACCUGAUGGCGUCAUGUGCGCUGUACGGUUCUGUCAGACGAGAGAUCAGGCGUGUGCUUCACUCUGGGAUCAUUUAAACGUCAAGUCUGCUACAGAGGAAUGCUACAAAAACAACAUGGGCACCUGGCCGUGCUUCCACUGCGAUUAUAUCAUGGAAACGAAUAAAGCUGUUCCAUGCCAGCUAGAAAAUGUGCUUUGUGGUCGAGUUCUUUGCAAUUUGGAAGGAUUUGAAACGAUCCGAAUAAGGAAUACUGUUUUGUAUCAACAUCUUAAUUGCACGUGCGCUGAAAUCUUCAGUGUUGGAAAAGCGUAUAAUCCAGGGUUUGUUCAGGAUGGCACCAAGUGUGGGCGCAAUAGAGUUUGUCUGGACAGGAAGUGCAUCAGCAGAGGCAAGAUCAUUGCAAGAAGUGACAUCCUUAUUAUCGAUAUACGCAGCACCCUGGCUAUGGCCCGUUUAGACAUUUCUCUAUUGAAUACUGUUUUGCUGUGUCUGUUUGUAAUCAAACUAUAA